AUGCAAUUCACCAAGAAACUUCUUGCGCCUACUAUCACUGCUUCUAUCGUGUUAGCUGCAGAAACCACCAUAUAUGGCGCCCUUUCCUCGACCACCGUCUUAUCAAUUACCGACUAUGAUGCUACAUCCACUAUUGAAGCAGGUGAUGAUGAUGAUGAUGAUGAUGAUGAUGUAACUACUAGCUAUGUGGAUGUUACUGCUUCAUCUAUUUAUUCGGUAGGUACCGAAACCACAACUACUGUUGGUGGAUCUACUUUUACCAGUACCAUUCCAACCAGCUCAGUUGCUGCCUAUCAUAGUACCAUUAUCGUUCCAACCAGUUCAGCUGUUGUCAAUGAUACUACCAGUGAUGCUGCCACUGCUAUUACCACACACACUCCUGUUACAACCGCUGCUUUGGUAAGCCAAAUUUCGGAUGGUCAAAUACAAGCUGAGUAUACCACAGAAAGCCUAAUGGAUACCGUUACUGAGACUAUCACCUCUUGUUCUCAUGGAUGUAGCCUUUCAAGCACACCUCCCCCAGAAAUUGAGUCAUCAUCUCUGUCUGUCACUCCAAAUGUAACCAUUGAAUCAUAUUCAGGUAUUGCUUCUUCCCAAAGAAGUUUGAGCAAGAUCUUUAUUGCAUGUGGCAUUAUUUUCCCUGUCGGUGUCUCCCUUUUAUAA